CUUUUAUACAAUAUAAAUAGGCAGGAUACCUGUCAGUAUAUCUAUUAUGUAUGAUGUAGUUAUUAGAUGUAGACAACUGGAGUCUGGACAAAGGAAACCACACUACUGUAUGAGGCUGGUAAUCCUUGAUAACUAUGAUGAUGUCAGUGUUUGGGCAGCCAAGUACAUCAGAAGGAGGAUUCUGGCAUUUAAACCUGGACCGGACAAAUACUUUACUCUCGGACUCCCCACAGGUAGCACACCUUUGGGAACAUAUAGGAAACUCAUAGAGUAUUACAAAGCUGGAAACCUCUCAUUCAAGUAUGUCAAAACAUUCAACAUGGACGAAUAUGUAGCAAUACCGCGUGAUCAUCCCGAGAGCUACCACUCCUUUAUGUGGAACAACUUCUUCAAGCACAUUGACAUUAAUCCAGAGAAUGCCCACAUCCUCGAUGGCAAUGCUGUAGAUGUUCAGAAGGAAUGUGAGGACUACGAGAAGAAGAUUACAGAAGCUGGAGGGAUAGAACUAUUUAUUGGAGGUAUUGGACCUGAUGGUCACAUCGCUUUUAAUGAGCCAGGGUCAAGUCUAGUAUCAAGGACAAGGAUCAAAUCUUUAGCUCAGGAUACUAUUCUAGCUAAUGCUCGCUUCUUUGGGGGUGACUUGUCUAAGGUGCCUCAUCAAGCACUAACGGUUGGGGUUGGUACAGUCAUGGAUGCUAGGGAGGUGAUGAUUCUGAUCACGGGUGCUCAUAAGGCGUAUGCCCUCCACAAGGCUAUUGAGGAGGGUGUCAGUCACAUGUGGACAGUGUCCGCAUUCCAGCAACACCCACGCACCAUCUUUCUCUGUGAUGAGGACGCAACUCUAGAGCUCAAGGUGAAGACAGUCAAGUAUUUCAAAGACAUCAUGAAAAUACAUAACGAAAUGAUUGAAGGCAAUGAAGAUCAGGAAGAAGGGAAGUAACGCCAAUCAAAUAUAAAAAAUAACGGCAAUGUAAUGAAGGAUUUAGCAAAAUGACUAUAAAUCAAUCACCUCUGAUGUCAGUAUUCCUGUUCAGCUUUAAUCUCAGUACAACCAAAGUUUGAAAAUCCUGAAAUUGUAUGUAAAUGAUGGAGAAUGAUUAACUUGACAUGUACAAAUGCAAAUAAAAAUAGCAUACCUGAUACUUUUCUUCUGACAUUAACAUACAACUUGAAAAAAAAUCAACUUUAUUUUAAACUUACUUUUAUAUUUAUCACAGGUUAGAAUGAUUCUGUAUACUGUUUGAUCUCAUCAGGAGUGACCCUGUCUCUUUGGUCAUUUUAUGAUAUCUUAUUUACCAAUUUGUUAGUUUGUUGUAUUCAAAUCAAUUUUGACAAAACUGGAGUUGUUUUGAAAAUUUAAUAUUCAGUAUUUGAAAUCAUGAAUUCCCCAUUAUUUGUUGGUAACAAGCUCACAUUCACAUUCUACAAUUAUGUACAAGAUUGGUUAUCAGUAAUGUCGGUACCAAAAUAAUCUCUGAAUUAACUAUACAAAGAUGGUGUUAGUGUAUUUUCCAUCAUAAAGGAUGAAUUUAAGUUAUAUAGACUUAAAACAAUAUAUAUAUCUGGUAUGAUAUUACUAUAGUUUUACCUUGUGUGUCAGGUAUUAAAAAUAUGUUUUGUAACUUUUGUGUAUUGUGAUCGUAACAUGAAAUCUUUUAUGUUAUUGACAAAUAUACAUGUUCUUAAA